AGAACAGGUCGUUAAUCAGUCUGAGAUAAGGAUGUGCGCCUCUGAGAGAUGAGGUUAGGCAAUUGUUGAAAAUCCUCCUGGAACUGGAAGCAAUAAAAAGGUAUGACAGGAAUGUCACACCUGUUAUACCCUUAAGGCAUAUUGCUUAAUGUGAAUUCUAGUGGAAAAAUCCAUUCCUUUGCUAAAGCUUUUGACAGAUGUUCUGAGUACCUGUGGAGCAUUUCAUUUUUGCUUUCUCAGAAGCAGCUGAUGCUUCUCUACAUGCUGAGACAUUCACUGAAAUGGAAGACCUAAGACAAACUCAAACUUUUUGUGGCAUUGUUGUCCAUAAGGGAGCAUCCUGCCUGGUCUUCAUCAUUGUUGUAGUUACUUGCUGCUCAUCUUUGAAUAUAAGAGCUCCUCCCCUCAUCCCCAAUUCACCUUUCCUGUCCAUCUGGAAUGCACCUACUGAGCUUUGUACAGAAAAGACUGGAGAACAGCUGGAUAUGAGACUAUUCCACUUUACUGGAAGCACACUGAAGACAUCCACAGGCCAGAACAUCACUAUAUUUUAUGCAGAUAGGCUUGGUUAUUAUCCUUACAAAGAUGAAAACACAGGUGAUAUGUACUAUGGUGGACUUCCCCAAACGGUCUGUCUGGAGCUUCAUUUAAAAAAAGCCAAAGAUGACAUUCAUUUUUAUAUACCUUCUGAUGAACAGGUUGGCUUGGCUGUCAUUGACUGGGAAAACUGGAGGCCAACCUGGAAAAGGAAUUGGGGACCAAAAGAUGUUUACAGACAGGAGUCUGUUCAGUAUGUUCAGCAGAGAGAUCUAAAUCUAUCAGAAACUGAAGUCAGGAUUGCAGCCAAAAUGGAAUUUGAAGCUGCAGCAAAAUCACUUAUGUUGCAGUCUUUAAAACUGGGGAUAUCAAUGAAGCCAAAUCGUUUGUGGGGAUAUUACCUUUACCCAGACUGCUAUAACUAUGAUUACAAACAAAAUCCUGACAGUUAUACAGGAAGCUGCUUAGAUAUUGAAAUAGCAAGAAAUAAUGAACUUAACUGGCUGUGGGACGAAAGCACAGCCCUUUACCCAUCUGUUUAUUUGGAGGCAGCCUUGAAAUCUUCCAAAAAUGCACCGCUCUUUGUUCGUAACAGAGUUCAAGAAGCCAUUAGAGUUUCUAAUGUCUCCAAUUCCACCUAUCCAAUUCCAGUUUUUGUAUAUACACGUCCAGUAUUCACAGAUUUGUAUCAGGAAUAUCUCUCUCAGGAUGACCUUGUAAAUACUAUUGGAGAGUCUGCUGCUCUUGGUGCUUCAGGAAUUGUAAUCUGGGGAGAUAUUAAUUUAACAUUGAGUGAGAAUACAUGCAGGACUUUGAGCAGCUACCUCAGGGACACUCUGAAUCCUUACAUCAUUAAUGUAACAAUGGCAGCCAAAAUUUGUAGCCAGGCAUUAUGUAAGGACUCUGGUGCAUGUGCACGGAAGAACUGGAAUACCAGUGACUAUCUUCAUCUGAACCCAGAGAAUUUUGUAAUUUGGACAACAAAGGAGGGGAAAUAUGCUAUAAAAGGGCAACCAACAUUUCAGGACCUGCAGCAGCUUAUAGAUAAAUUUGAUUGUCGCUGUUAUGCAGGCUACAGGUGUGAACCUAGAGUUGAUGUAAAUGACAUCCAUCACAUCAGCUCUUGCAUUUUGCAGGAUAUUUGUGUUCAAGUAUCUUUAAAUUCACUUGCUAAUAUAGAAGCCUCUGAAGGAAGGACUUUUUCCAACACAAGUAAAUCUUCAUUUACCCCACAGAAAAACAUGAAGUUGCCAGUUCAUAAUGAAAUGGAAGAUUUUCAACCUCCUGUUUGGAAUAAUGUAAUUAGUGUGUCUACUGCUGGGCCCAGGAAUGUCUCAACUAGCAGCAAUAAUGAUAUCAGGACAAUCACUAUUCAUAACCUCAAUAGUUCAUCAUCUGAUGAAAUGAGGUUGUUGAAUCUAGUUUGUUUAAUUUUAUUUUUGAAAAAACUUAUCUAAAAACCCAUGGCACUCCUUCUUUGAAGUGUCAGAAUUAGGGAUUCAGAAGUUUUAGUUCCUAUAAGGGAACAUUUCUAAAAUAUGAAUAUUGGAGAUUUUAAAAGUGCCUAG